AUGUCCACCCUAAAUAAAUAUGUUCACCAAAUCCAUCAAAGACAUCACUUGGGUUGGGUAAAAGACAGAGAGUUGAUGAAAAGGAGGGUGAUGAAUAAACAGGUCAAACUCCAAACACCCAAACCCAUACCCAAAACAGUGGGACCUACGUCAGUUGUUAAAAGACAAAAUCAAGUGAGUAGUAGCACCAUUGAUGAUAAGGUUCUGAUGGAAGCUAUGUUUAGUGGUGCAUCAGGUGUUAGAGACUUGAUUAAUUCCACUUUGAGGUCAAAGGUUCAGGAGUUUGACCUGGAGAAAAAAAGGCUGGUGUUGGAGAAGAUUGAGUUGCAGGAGAAAUUGGAUACUAUGAGUGAGCAGGUGCAGAGAUUACAGGAGCAAGUUAAUACUUUGGAGGAGAUUUCUUUUCCACCGGAAUUCAUGGAGAGACUUGGGACCUUGUAA